AUGUCGCUCUCAUCGCAUGUUGAUCCUGAUGCGAUCAUCAAACAAUUCCGUGAAGAUUUCGAUAAAGAACAGGAACAGGAACAGAAACAAGAUUCUAUCUUCACUUCAAAUGCAGUUACAUCAGUAACUCCAUAUUCCACAAGAUACUCCAGCAGGGAAGAAAUACCCAAAUUCCGGAUCCCGAAGGUUGGAGCUCGUGCCGAUGCAGUGCACCAUAUGUUGAGCAAUGAGCUCGACUUGGACGGUAUUCCGAAUUUGAAUAUGGCAAGUUUCGUUGGUACUUAUAUGGACCGAGAAGCGAAUAAACUUGUGGUAGAAAAUAUCAGCAAGAAUCUUGCCGAUGCAGAUGAGUAUCCUGCACUAAUGGCUAUUCAUUCAAGGUGUAUCUCCAUUAUAUCCAAUCUUUGGAACCCGCAGCCAGGAGAACAAGCUACCGGGUCCGCAACAACUGGAUCUUCGGAGGCCAUAUUAUUGGGAGGAUUAGCGAUGAAAAAGAGAUGGCAGCAAAGGCGCAAGGAUGCCGGGAAGGAUGCUUCCAAUCCCAACAUUAUCAUGGGCUCAAAUGCACAGGUUGCACUGCUCAAAUUCGCCAGGUACUUCGACGUUGAAGCUCGGGUGUUAGACGUCUCGGAGAAGAGUCAAUUUCGCCUGGAUCCAGAACUAGUGAAGAAAAAUGUGGACGAGAAUACCAUUGGGAUAUUUAUCAUUCUGGGGAGCACUUACACGGGCCACUAUGAACCGGUUGAGGAGAUCUCGAAUAUCCUAGAUGACAUACAAUCUGACACUGGAAUUGAUGUUCCAAUCCAUGUUGAUGCAGCCAGCGGUGGAUUUAUCGCUCCAUUUACCUAUGCAGGCGCCGGAGGGCCAAAAUGGAACUUUGAACUGCCUCGAGUAAAGUCAAUCAACGCGUCUGGACAUAAAUAUGGCCUCGUGUAUGCAGGGUUGGGAUGGAUUAUCUGGCGAGAUCGGUCCUAUCUGCCGCAAGAACUGAUCUUUGAGCUCGACUAUCUUGGAAGCAGAGAAGAGUCUUACACAUUGAACUUCUCUAGGCCAGGGGCGCAGGUGAUUGGCCAGUACUAUAACCUCAUUCGCCUUGGGUUCAACGGAUACCGAGAGAUCAUGGAAAACUGUCUAGCAAAUGCUAGAUUGCUGAGCAAGACCUUGGAACGAACAGGCUGGUUUGUCUGCUUGAGCGAUAUCCAUCGCAAAAAGGGCGAAUUAUACUUUCAUAAACUGGACAAGAUCACUCCUUACAAAGAGGGCGAAACAUCCGCGGAUUAUAACCCAGGCUUGCCAGUGGUAGCAUUCCGAUUCUCUGACACGUUCAAGAAGAACUAUUCACACGUGAAGCAAGAAAGCGUCAGCCUCUUGUUGAGAGCAAAGCAAUAUAUCAUCCCCAACUAUCCUCUCCCUCCCAAAGAGCAAGAGACAGAAAUCAUGAGGGUAGUUGUCCGCGAAAGCAUGGCUGCAGACCUCAUCGACAAGCUUAUAGCAGAUAUUGUUGCAGUGACUGAGAAACUCAUGAAGUCCGACGCAGUAGAUUUAUCUGCACUUCAGACAGGCCCGACCAGCAUCGAACGCCGUGGAGCAAAGCACAAAGGCCAUCCUCAUAAGGUUGUAAAGGGAUCAAAUGGAGGCAAAUCGCAAUCCACCAGCCACCCGAUGAAAAAUGGAAUCCAUCGCUCUGUUUGCUAG